AUUGGCCACAGAAAGGUCAUGGCACUCGGAUGCAUGUAUGGAUGGUAGCUAGGUUUGGCACUCAAGACGAGACUAACGCCAGGCAGCCACGUAGCGAGUGUUGUGCAGAGAAACUACAGCUUUUGCACGGUAAACGGUGGAGGGCGUUAACAUAACAUGCAAGUAAAAAAGUGCAAAAGAUCCGCAAGUCAACACAACGUCGAGAUCAUUUCUUUUUCGAUUUAUAAACCUUACUGAUUUCUCGGAUUGUUCUUUCACGCCUGUGGAGCUCGCGCUCUGCAACUCCGAGUGCACGCGAUGACGGAGAGGGCGCUCGUGCUUCGGGCAACCUGUGAUACAGUGCUUCUGCAGCAGACCUGGCUGGUUGCUACAACCACAAGAGGUUAAUAUCAGUGUGCAACUAGCCAUAUAUCUUCUGAUUCAGCAGAUAUUAUCAGAGGAAGACGAAGUAUUCUUUAAAUCACCUAGAGGCAUAAAGGACGCUUUGAUCCAAAAAAGCCAGCUGAUUUGCUCCGACAGCGAGUGAAACCUGCUACAACUUCCACUAAGUCUCUACCUCCUUUUGAUGUGGAGGUCAUGGAGGCUAGGUUCGGGUUGGGCUGAGGCAUCUUCCUUUCUUCUCCCCUCGUGGGAGGGGUAGGAGAUUGGUUCCUGCCUGGUUUAUAGGACACAGCCACGUUGCUCGUGAAGCAAAUUGUACAGUCGACGCAAAGGCUUAUCUUUACACAGAUGAAGUCGUGCCAGACGCCGAAGGAAGAGACGAUAAAGGAAGCCAUGUCACAGGAGGAGGGGCCGAGGACUCAUUCCACACAGACCUACUACCAUCCUACCUCUCUAGCAGACAGCAACCUAUCACAAAAGCUCUACAAGCAGGAGGGAGUGUCCAAGCCCUAUUCGGUGCUGGUCGAAAACAAGAUGCCCGCCAAAGCACUGGCUCGUGACCUCGACCCUAGUCCUGCCCCUCUUCAGCAUUACUACAAAGAGGCUUCUGGACCAGCCGGAACCGAGGGAGUGGUGAAGUCCAAAAACGACAGGACGUCCGAUGACACGGAGGAUGAAGAAGAAGAAGAGGAGGAGUUCAAGCGAGCACAGAUCAUCGUUGAGGUGAACCUAAACAAUCAGACUCUGCACGUCUCCAAAGGUGAAAAGAGCAUCACUGCGGGAGAUGUGAAAAGUGACAGCGAAGACGAGGAUGAGGAGGAGGAAGAAGAAGAAGAGGAGGAAGAGGAUGAAGAAGACGAGGAAGACAGUAUGGAAGAAGAAGAGAGUCCCGAGGAGGACCCCGAUGAUGAGGAGGAAGAGGAAACCGAGACCCGGAGGACGAGAUCCAAGCGGGCAGGCACAAAGAGUCACCUCGUCACUGUAGCCCCAGGGUCCAUCGGCGUAACCACGAGGGGACGGAGAAAGAGUGCCGAAGCCCCGCCUCAGAAGCGCAGGUCAGCGCGGGACGGAAGGCACUCCGGUCCGUCUGCUUCAGUAGGAGGGAGGGAGGGUGAGGAGCGUGGGACACUGGCAUGUGAGAAAUGCCCACGCGUCUUCAAUACCCGCUGGUACUUGGAAAAGCACAUGAACGUCACACACAGACGCAUGCAGAUCUGCGACAAGUGUGGCAAGAAGUUUGUCCUGGAGAGCGAGCUGGCUCUGCACCAACAGACUGACUGUGAGAAGAACAUCCAGUGUGUGUCAUGUAAUAAAUCUUUCAAAAAGCUCUGGUCACUUCACGAGCACAUUAAGAUUGUCCAUGGCUAUGCCGAGAAGAAAUUUGCCUGCGAGAUAUGUGAGAAGAAGUUCUACACCAUGGCUCAUGUCCGCAAGCACAUGGUUGCUCACACUAAGGACAUGCCAUUUACAUGUGAGACCUGUGGAAAGUCUUUUAAGCGCAGCAUGUCUUUAAAGGUGCACUCGCUUCAGCAUUCGGGAGAGAAGCCCUUCCGUUGUGAGAAUUGUGACGAGCGUUUCCAGUAUAAGUAUCAGUUGCGGUCUCACAUGAGCAUCCACAUUGGACACAAGCAGUUCAUGUGCCAGUGGUGUGGCAAAGACUUCAACAUGAAGCAGUAUUUCGAUGAGCACAUGAAGACGCACACAGGCGAGAAGCCGUUCAUCUGUGAGAUCUGCGGGAAGAGUUUCACCAGCCGACCCAACAUGAAGCGUCACCGGCGCACACACACCGGAGAGAAGCCUUACCCGUGCGAAGUGUGCGGUCAACGCUUUCGCUUCUCCAACAUGCUCAAGGCGCACCGAGAGAAGUGCUUCCGGGUCACGAGCCCCAUGACCCAACAGUCUGCCAACAUGCCCAUCUCUGUUCAUCUCACUGGCCACACCCCUUCCUCCUCUGGCCACACCUCCAGCCCACCACUGCCUUCUCAAGGCACAUCCACUGCAGCAGCCGUGGGUCCAGGAAUGAUCGCUUCCGGAAUCGGACACGGCUUUUCCCAUUUGCACAUGCAGGCCACGCCCACGCAGCACCACCAAACCCAUGUGCAUCACCCUGGCCACAGCC